CCAUGUCAGCUUCCGUACAGCAGUGUUAGUUCAGAUCUGACUCGGGCUGACUUCAGUCGGGUUGAACUUCCUCCUGAGCCCAAAAUGUUCUGGUUUCUUCUGUUUUUAUCGUCCACAGUCCUGGUCUGUAGGGCUACCGUCCGUUGUCCGUGUGAGAGACCGGAGCUGUGUCUACAUAUCCGCGAGGAGAGAGACUUUGAGGUGUUUGUGUUUGAUGUCGGUGGAAAGACAUGGAAGUCCUACAACUGGAGCAUGAUCACAACAGUGGCAACAUUUGGAAAGUAUGAUGCUGAACUCAUGUGUUACGCUCACUCCAAAGGAGCCCGGGUUGUACUCAAAGGUGAUGUUCCCCUCUCCCACAUUGUGGACCAAGAAAACAGGACAGCGUGGAUAACAGAGAAGGUGAACUUGGCCAAGAGUCAGUUUAUGGAUGGGAUCAACCUCGACAUCGAACAAGCCGUAGAGGAGGGCUCGCCUGAGUACUAUGCUUUGACAAACCUGGUCAAAGAGACCACUGACGCGUUCCACAGCGAGAUCCCAGGUUCCCAGGUCUCAUUUGACGUUGCCUGGUCACCAAAAUGCAUCGACAAGCGUUGCUAUGAUUACGUUACCAUCGCUGAAUCCUGUGACCUGCUGUUUGUGAUGUCCUACGAUGAACAGAGCCAGAUCAUGGGCGACUGUAUUGCAAUGGCAAAUGCCCCACUCUCUCAAACACUGAAUGGGUAUGAUCAGUUUUUGAAUCUGAAGAUCGAUGCAAAGAAGUUAGUGAUGGGAUUGCCAUGGUACGGCUAUGACUACCCAUGCCUCAACCUUUCCCAGGAGGGAAUAUGUACUAUAGCCCAAGUUCCUUUCCGUGGCGCCCCCUGCAGCGAUGCAGCUGGUAAACAGAAAACAUACAAGUGGAUCAUGAAGCAGGUCAACGUUUCGAUGUCGGGCAGGCUCUGGGACAACGAGCAGAAGGCUCCUUACUUCAAUUACAAGGACCAGAAAGGACAGAUUCAUCAGGUUUGGUAUGAUGACCCACAGAGUAUUUGUCCCAAAGCAGACUAUGUGAAAUCUAAAGGUCUGAGGGGCAUUGGCAUGUGGAAUGGUAACAUCUUGGACUACAGCGAUGAACCGGUCGCCAGGCAGCAGACUGCAAUGAUGUGGAAUGCACUCUUAGGAUGCUAGCUGGGAUACGGUUAACACUGCUGCAGAAAUUUACAUCAGCCCUGAGCUCAUUGUUUGUUGCUAAGUCAGUAUAUCCCUUUGUAACAGUAAUGGGGUGUGACUUCCCUCUGAGUUCAGGGAUGCAUACUUGCACUUCAGAGUUUAUUGUGGCUUUUAUUGCUGUUGUCUUUGAAUGUAGUUUACGUCUCAGACAUUCCUCGGUGCGAACUGAUUCUACAACCGACCAAUCAUUUUAAUGUGACGUACACAAACAGUAUUUUUGAUUGAGCUUACUGAGAUCUGUGCACUUUGUUUUUCAGAAAUAAAAUGUUUUCUAAGCAUGUGAA